AUGGUGUUCUUCAUAAUCCUGAUGUUUGGAAUUUUUCCGACUUUGGCAACCGAAGAUACACCGCAUGUAACGGAAUUGCUAACAGAGGAGGGCGAAAAAACAUGCGAACCAUUACAUGACGGGAUUUCAGAGGAGUUCCGAAAGGGGUUACAGGACGCAGUUUCUAAGGCGCUACCAGGUCUUAAUCCGGAAUACGACUGUAACUUGGAAUAUAUGGCCCGUCAAAAUUUUAGCGACAGCGUCGUCGAAGACUCUAAUUUUAGAAACGAUUUGCAAAUGGAUGAAACAAGUUAUGAAGGUGAUGAAGACAAUCUUAUUGAACAAGCCUUCAAUGCGUGGGGGCCAAAAUUCGAGAAGAUAAAGGAUGUGGACAAAAAGGAGAAAUAUGGCUGUUACUAUGGAAGGAAAGGAACUGGAUUGACGCAAUCAAGAAUUGUUUGCCUAUUUGUUUGA